GGAUGAACGACAGCAUAGAUGGGGUAUCCGCUGAAGGGUAUUCCUUAAUGGCUUACCGGCCUAAAGGCAAACGCAUUCGAGUUGUACAGCAAUUUGUAAACACCAUUCAGGAGGAUGACACAUUUUGUGAACCACCAGACCAGCCUUCUGAACAAGAUGAUGAUAACGUACUCCCAUACGAUUUUAUCGGUGCCGCAGGCAUCAGGACAGAUCGUCGAGGGAAGAAGACAGUACUGUAUCACGUAAAAUGGAAAGGCUACGGUAUAAAGCAUAUGACUUGGGAACCCGAGAGCCACCUCCCCGAAGAAGAUUUGUUAAAGUUGUGGUCAAAAUAUGGUCGGAUCGGCACCACCAGAAAGAAAGGCCGGCAGGGACUCAGGCAUCGUGUACAGCAACUACGUCAAUGUCAAUGCUAUCCAUCAGAAGUCCACGAAACCAGUGUUCGGGAAAUGGCAUACGCACACCAUGUAACACCAUCAAAAUCGCUGGAGGUUGUCGAAGCGCCUUGUGAGCAGAAUUUUAAACGAGAUGGUGGUGGCGGCGGUCUUCUUCUCUCCAAGGAACCAAACUCACCGGCAGAAUCUGAUGGUGCUGAUGCUGGUGGCUUGUCUCGAUGUAGUCCACCGCCCCUGCCUCAUCACUCGCCUGCAUCUUCACAACAAAGCUUUGAUCGGCUCGGUGAUGCACGUCAGAAUUCCUUGGAAAGCAUCCCUCAGCCCGAGUUUCUUGACACCUCUCAAGGGUCACAGAGCAAAGAGGUUACGUCCUCGAGCCACACCGGCACUCCUGAUAUCAAGCAGGUCGGCCCAGCAUCUGUGGUCAGUGAUCUAUCCGUACAUCAAGUGCGUAUCUCACACGACAAGGCGAAAAGAAAAGGAUUGUUCACUCGCACCAGAAGCGGUUGCCUCUCCUGUCGCAGAAGAAGGAAAAAAUGCGACGAAGGUCGUCCGUCAUGUGUUAAUUGCGUUCGUCUCAAAUUAUCGUGUGAAGGAUACGAUUCAGGUCCUCGACGGGUGAAAGCCCGGCCUACUCCUGUGCCCACCAUGGGACAGUAUCUCGGCGCCAAGGACACGACUAUGCUUGCACUGGCCCAACGAUCCGACAGCCGUGGUCGGGUGUCAAGCCAUUUUCUCUCUAACAAAUGUUUGAGCCACUCCGAUGAGCAUCACAAGAAGCCAAAAUAUCUUCCACGUCUAGCAGAGCUGGAUUGGCCGACAUUAGGAAAGGAGGGUGAUGGAGAAUGGUCUCUGAGACUCACAGACGCCUGUGGACGGCAAAGCUCCUCAUUCAUGGAGGUUACUCCGAGACCUAUACAGUCUUCCAAUCCUCGCCCUAUCCCAUACUGUCCUCGCGGCUUGCCAAACUGUGCGAGCCUUCCUCAGCCGGUCGAACCCUCUGUACUGUACGAGAAUGACAUCGCCCAACAAUCACGACUCCGAGAAUUGCCCAGCCCCCUUCGGCGCCUUACCGAACUCUACGACCUUUCCUCCGCCGGUCGAACCCUCUGCAAUAAUCGUAAGUGACAUCUACUGAUGAUCACGGCUUCUGGAACUCUCCGACUGUUUUCGCCACAAGCUCAGAGACUUCGACAUUUGGAUUUGAAAGAACGUGGCUCGCCACUCCCACCCGUAGCUAUACUUGUAUAAUCAAAUUACAAUACCGAUGUCAU